UUAUAAUUAUUUAUUUAUUAUUUAUGUUUUAUUCUUUUAUUUUUUACGCACGUUUACUGUCGCAAAUGUGGUCAGAAAUCUUGCUACAAUGCAUUACAUUUUAAUAUAUUCAACACCGACUGAAACUUCUAUCGAAGGAUAUUCGCAUUCUAUGAUUUUGAGGCGAAAAAUUUUGGCGAAUUUACAAUUAAAUUAUGAUGGAUUGUAAGCACUGUAUAACAACAAGACCUGAAGCUCGAGCUGAACUGAAGCAUAGCAGGCUGAGUCCAUCAGCUGUUCCACGUUCCACGCUUUCACGAUCGGAUCAUGCGCGAGCAGUAUGGAGCAGUACGAGCACGCUGGAGACGAGUAGGUCGCUGUCAGUCGCUGUGCCCUUUGAUUUCACUUUCAUUAGAAUGGAAAUCCUUUGCGUAAUCUGUCAAGACCAAUUUUCAUCAUCCGACGACAUCUUUUUCACUCGUUGCGGACAUGUAUUUCAUCAUCGUUGCCUGUUACAGUGGCUUGAAAAAUCGAAGACCUGUCCACAAUGUCGUAACAGAGUAACGAUAGAGAAAAUCCAUAAGGCUCAUUUUACAGUUUCAAAUACCGAGAUUGCAGCAAAUAAUGUAAACAAUUCAACCUUGCAAGGGAAAAUAGACAGUUUGCAGUUUCAAAUUUUACUAAAUGAAAAGAAUAUCAAGUAUUACACUUCGAAAAAUACAGUUCUGGAGAAACAGAAUGCUGGCCUUAGACAGGAAGUGCGAAAAGUGGAAAGCGAAAUGAGGCAGAAAAACUCAACCAUCUAUGAUUUAAAAGAAAAGAUAAACUAUUUCCGGGCGAACUAUCAAGAGCGUGAUGUUCUCAAAAGAAAGCUGUCUCAGAAAGAAAGAGAGGUGGAGCAAUUCCGAGACAUGUAUAAAACACUGUCAACGGGUACACUUGAGGACGUACAGGAAAUGAUUGGAAAAACAACUGAUCGUAAUACUUUGAUUAAUUAUAUUUCUAUGAUGAAAAAGCUAAUGUUAAAGAAAACGGAAAAAAUAGUUAAUCUUGAAAAUCAACUUACAUUGCAUCAGCAGUCCUUAGACAAAGAUUUGAAUUUCGCAUUAUGCGAAAGUGAAAAUCUAGCCCUACGACAUCGAGUUAAUGAACUAGAAAAACUGCUUACAUCUGAUCAAAACUAUAUUUCCAGAUCUAACAAUCGAAGAUGCUCCAAUUCUUUGAUUACGAUAAAACCGCAAAAUACAAAACAGGAAACUGCAGGUCAAAAUAAUUCAUCGACUUCAGAGGCAGAAGUUGAAAUUAUUGAAACGAAUCAGGACAAUUCUAUACCUAAUUCUACACUCGACGAAUGUCCAACUGUUACAAAAAAAGCAAGACUAGGCUUGCAAUCAGGUAACAAUAGCGAGAAGACAAAUGAUGUGCAUGAAGACAAUGUUACAAAUACCGCAGGGAUAAGUUCACAAUCAAAUGUUAAAACUUCAUUGAAAAAAAGAAACUUUCGUGUUAUUAUAAAUUAA